UUUACUUUAUAUGUAAAUAUAUGAGGAGUGGCAGAAUAGGGUGCUAUAUAACACCACUACAAAUUGGGGGAUGGGUGGGAUAAAUAGGGCCAUGAACAACAUAUCUGGCAACCUGUCAACACACAGGAAUAAAUAAAGGUGAUGUUAUUUAGCUUAGCUUCACAGCUAAUGUUAGUAGCUACCUGUGUGUUAGCUGAAGGCAGCAGCGGCUCAUGAGGAUGUUUCAGAUGAAAGUGGGCUGCAGCACUGACUGGUGAUUAUUCCUCAAUGGGUUUUUUUUUUUUUGUGGUGGAUCUGUGUCAUGGCAGACAUCUCCUGUAAGGACAACAACAACAACCUGUUUUAAGAGUUUGCAACGCCGUCAACUCAUCCUGUGCGGAGACUUUGUCUUUGCCACGGACCCCCUAUAAAUGCCUUUCAUUGAGAAAAGGCUUCGGACGUUCAGUGUUGUGAAUGUGUACAAGCAGCAAAUUACCUGAUUAAGAUGGGGAACAAGCAAACGAUAUUUACUGAUGAGCAACUUGAUGCCUACCAGGACUGCACGUUUUUCACCCGCAAAGAAAUUCUGCGGUUGCACGGCAGAUAUCAUGAGUUGGCUCCACAUCUUGUACCAAUGGACUACACCAAUGAUCCUGAUUGUAAACUGCCUUUAGCUUUAAUAGUCAACAUGCCAGAGUUAAAUGAAAACCCGUUCCGCAGCAGGAUCGUCGAGUCGUUCUCAGAGGACGGGAUGGGGAAUCUCAGCUUCAAUGAAUUUGUGGACAUGUUCUCGGUCCUCAGUGAAAUGGCUCCUAGAGAGCUGAAGGCCAUAUAUGCCUUCAAAAUAUACGAUUUCAAUGUGGAUAACUACCUGUGCAAAGAGGACCUGGAAAAGACUCUGAAUAGGCUGACAAAAGAGGAGUUGACUCCUGAGGAGGUGCAGCUGGUGUGUGAGAAAGCCAUCGAGGAGGCUGAUUUAGACGGAGAUCACAAACUCUCCUAUGCUGACUUUGAAAAUAUGAUCACUAGGGCUCCUGACUUUUUAAGUACCUUCCAUAUACGAAUCUGAGAGGGCUCCGUGGAAGGUUUCAGAGGUCGACAGCGUGGGGAACCUCAGGAGUCUACUUGUACCCUGUCCUGGCCAGAGCCCAGUGCCUGCCUCCCACUCCCAUCAUCCAAAUAUCAGGCCUCUCCGGUCUCAGUGACGUCUGCUUAGUAAGAAAGCGAAAUACCCGAAAGUCCCAGAAUUUCUUUACUGCAGAUGAAAAUGUAUUUUCCUUUUAACACUUAUAAAAGGGCUUGACCUGAACUGGUCUCUUGUUGGGAGAAAAGGUGAAACAUGUCUGAAUUGAGCCAGACUCUGGACUGAUGCAUAAAAUGCUCAUCUACCUAUAUUGCACAUAAGAUACACCCAGUGAAGUCUUCCUACAAUGACACAUAGAUAUUUAGUAUUUAUAAGGACAAAGCUUGAUGUGAAUGAAAGCACAGCAUUGGGAUUAAGGGCAUACAGCUAUUUUAUAUGAGCUAUGCAAUAUUUGUACAUGCAGUGUAUUGCUUUUAAUCAUUUUGGAUUGUGUUUUUUUGCUUGUGGAACUGAUGAUGACAAUCAUAUUUCUCUAGUUACAUGAAGGGCUCUGUUGUCUGAACAAAUGUCGGUAUCUUUCUUCUGCCUCAGCCAUUAUCAUGAGAUAUUAAAUACAGCCAUCUUUUGGAUACACACGUUACAGUAUUUUAUGUGACUUCAGGUAUUUGUCUUACUUUGAAUAAAUGUUUUUUUUUCGGUC